AUGAGUCACACAUGCAACCACCCUAUAGUGAAGAGGAAAUGGUCCCCCGAAGAAGACAGAAUCCUUAUGAAACAGAUCAAAGAAACAGGGCCUUUGAUGUGGGAUCAAAUUGCCAGACACAUUCCUGGCAGAUCUGGUAAGCAGUGCAAAGAGAGAUGGAUUACAGUCCUUGAUCCAAAUAUUAAUCGCCAAGAUUGGUCAGCCGAGGAGGACUCUCGUCUUCUCAAAUUCCAUAAAAUGUAUGGCAAUAAAUGGGCUACAAUCUCAAGCCAUAUGAAAGGACGUUCAUCUAUUUCUGUAAAGAAUAGGUUUAAGUUCCUUAAGAGACAUUCUGCCAGAAGAAUUCGUACAUUUGGCUAUGAUCCAUUAGAACAGCAAGAAACACAAGAAAGCCCAGCUCCAGAGAUUUGCUUUGAAAUGAUAGAAUUACCAGCUCAUAUGCGAAUCAGACUCUUUUAG